AGAUGCCAGUCUUGGGAAAAGGGCCAGGCUUGCUAUGGGGGGGAGGAGGGCAGGAGAGGCACUGGGUCUCCAGCCAGGAGCACAAGAAGUUUUCCCAGCCUUGGCACCCCCACACACAAAGAUGGCCCGUCCGUCCUGACCUCUGCCUCCUCUUCACAGCUGCCACGGAAACAACCCCGGUGCCAGGGAAGGCCGGCCGGUGCCCGCUGGGAAGCGCCCAGGAGCCCCUGCCCUCCAAGCUCUACUGCCUCUCGGAUGAGUCCUGCCUAGGGGGGCAGAAGUGCUGCAGCCUGGGCCGAAUGAUGAUCUGCGUGCAGCCUGCGCUGGUGAACCCCAGCUAUUGCCCCACGGCCUGCCCCACCGCCCUGGAGCCCUGCCGGGUCUCCUGCCUGGAGGAUGCCGCCUGUGGCCCCGGGCAGAAAUGCUGCCUUCAGGACUGCCAGCUGCGGUGUGUGGUGGCAGAGCCAGCCCGACCAGGCCUGUGCCCGAGGAGGCGGGCUCUGCCCACCGGGACCCCCUGCCGGAACCAAUGUGAUGACGACCGAGGCUGCCCCCCCGGCCUGAAGUGCUGCUUCUCCGGCUGCGGCCUGGAGUGCCUGCGACCCAGAGCAGAAGUUCCUGGUGGUUGCACAGACCCACCAGCACCAAAAUGCCAAGAUCGCUGUAGAGAGGACUCCGAUUGUUCAAAGGAGGAGAUAUGCCGCCCCACGGCUUGUGGUUUCCAGUGCCAAGGGCCUCCCCCAGGGAAGCCUGGAGUGUGUCCCUUGCUGUUGCGGGGGUCCCUGGGACCAUGCCUGGAUGAGAUGCUGAAGACCUGCACUCAUGACUUUGACUGUGAAGAGGCCAAAAAGUGCUGUUCAAACGGCUGCAGGAUGGUCUGCAGGAAGCCAGGGGAAGGUCAGCUGGCACUGCUGGGGGUAAAGAGACCAUGAAACCCUCCUCCUCCAUCAACCCCUCUGUUCAAACACACAUCAAGAAAACACGUUCCCAGCAUUGUCUCCACUUGUCUGCUGUGCUAAAUAGCCAACUUCUGGUGCAGCCCAUCAAGAAGGACGAGGCGGCCUCCUCACAGGUAAUCUGGCUGACCUUCACUGUUCCUGCCUUUUCUCUAUCCUACCUGUUCUUGGAUCAGGUGCAGAAGGCAGCUCCUCUUCCUCAUCCCUGACUGGCUGCAGCUACAUGCUUCCCCCAUCUGAAACCUCCAAACUGUCCUGCUGCCACUGUGCUUUAGCCAAAUCCCUCUCGGAUGGCUGCUUGGAGCCCUUGACCAACUCCCUCCGGACAUGCCUGGAACUGGUUCAUCUUCCUCCAAGCUGACAUCUGGAGAGGCAUCUGGGAGACUCAUCACACAUCUACCAACUCAUCAGAGCAGGAAAGCAGGGGAUGUCUCAUGUCCCCUCUCUUGAGGAAGUCCAUUUGGUGGGACCAAGAAGAAGGGCUUUCUCCAAGGUGGCUCCCUCCCUGCUAUUUGAAGGACUGUCUUUUCCCAGUUACAUCUACCUGACUCACCAGAGCAAGGAGGCAGGGGAUGUUAUGGGUCCCCUCUCUUAAAGAGGCCCGCCUGGUGGGACACAGAAAAAAGAUUUCCUCCCUGUGGAGCAUCACCUCUGCGGAGAUAAGAUUGUCUCCCAUCUUGACAUUCUUUCAAAAGGGCCCCAAGACCUGGUUCUGCCAGAGGGCCUGGGGACCCCAGGGGGAUACUGAGUCCCUCCAGUGGUCAGUUUGACUGUUGUCACCAAGGGACAAGGGGGUUCGUGUGAGUUUGUGUUUGGGGUUUUACUUCUGUAAGCUGCUCUGUCACUG